UUGAUGCAAAAGGAAGACCAACUUGUAAGCUCUUCCUCGGACAUUUCGCGCAGUUUUCUUCAAAUUUGAAGUUUAGAAAAGCAACUUUUCUUCCACGUGGUGGCGUCUGCUCUCUAACUAAGAAGUAACUAUACAAUUGGAUAAUAGUGAAGGAGUUAUUAUGAACCAACAUUUAAAAAUGCCUUGAUAUUUCCUUGAAACGCUAUCUAUCUUAGCAAGAAGCCAUGUCCAAAGAAAAGCAUUCCAGAUCAGUUGCUUUGGAGCUUGAUUAUGUCCGUGAAGUUUAUGAUAGAAUUGGCUAUGAUCUUUCAUAUGCAAAAGAUCCAUUAAAGAAUACAGUAAAUAAGUUCUUAGAUAAUUUGGAACCUGGAAGCAUUAUUGCUGAUAUAGGUUGUGGUGAUGGUCGGCAUUUGAGGAACGAUAAAGGAUUCUAUUCUGUUGGUGCUGACUAUAGCAUUCAGCAAACACAACUUGUCCGGCAACGAUGUCAUGAGGCCAUUUUGGGAAACAAUUUAUAUCUGCCGCUAAGAACUGAGUCAAUUGAUGGUGUCCUUAGCGUUGGUGUGAUUCAUCACUUGUCUUCAAAACAAAGAAGAAUCCAAGCUCUGCAAGAAUUAGCAAGAGUGAUGAGAAUAGGUGGAAAAAUUUUAAUAACAGUUCGAAUGCGGGACCCUCAGCAUACUCAAGAUGUCCUAAUGCCUUGGUACGAUGUGAUAAAAGUGAAGAAAACAAAAGAAGACUCCCUCCUGACACAGGAUAGUGGUGAAGGUGACCUUGGAGAUGAAAGUGGUGAUUCUAUCAGUUUACCUUCCAGUGAUGAUGAGGAAGACCAAAACAUUAUUUCCAAAAUAAACCAUUCCCAAAGAUUUCUCAACACUAAGCAAAACCUUGCUGCUGAUAAAAAAUCUAAAAGUCUUGAUUGUGAUUUUCAAUAUUCCAAUGGUGUGCCAAACUCUCAGCAUUCAGUUCCCAUGCAAUAUUGUUACAACUUUGUCCGCAACGCAUUUCGGCGACUUUCCACCACUGGUGCGGAUUGUAUAUCCAACAAUACAGCUAGGGACAUGGUGGACUCAGCUAUUGUGACUUCUCCUACUGAAGAAUAUGGUCAUCAAUUAUAUCAAACAGAAAACACAGCAAUAGCUUGGGAUGACUCAAUCCAGAAAAAAGUAGAUGACAACUAUAUUGAACUUUUAAAUAUUGAUGAACAAAUAGACAUACCUCUUGAUCAUCAGACAAAACUAAUUGACGAAACAAAACUUUGGUGCCAUUCUACUGAAAAAAUUCCAAAACCUCUGCACCACCAAAAGCGAAAGAAACCCAAACGAUUAAUUAGAUCUUUAAGUGAUGCGUUUAAAACUAUCCCUUCUCUGUGGUCGAGUAAAGAAGUAAAAUCUUGUUCAGAUUUAAAAAGUCAAACAAUAUCCUUGCAGGAUAUUGCUAAAGAAGGCAAAAUAAGGAAACUAAACUUAGCAAGAUCUAAAACAACAGCCACGUGCAGUUCCUCAUUUGACACCUUUCAAACUCUCGAAGAGAUUAAAGAAAUGGAAAUGUCAGUUAGUGAAGCAGAAAAGAUAAUAGAUUAUUUUUUAGAAUCCUCUGUAUUAAAGAUUGAAACCGUAAAGCCUAAUAUCUACCAACCAGAAAAUCAGAACGUACCUGAUGUUUCGAAUUCAGACGUUAUGAACGGUAAUGCUCCUCAAAUAACAGAAGACCUUUUACAAAAUCAUGGUACACUGCCAUAUUACAAUAGAAAAAAUUCUCCGAACGAUAUUUGUCCAAAAUAUCCAAGCACUAGUGAUAUUUGUGGUUGUUUAAAUAAACAUAAGAAAUACCAUUCCUUAGAAUCCUUUGAAUAUGAUAAUCUAAAUUCUUCCGUAAACAACGAAACUCUAACCAGUUGGACAAAAGGUGAUUUUAACAACUCUGGAAUAAAUUGUAAUAAAGCGUGUUUGGAUAGGAAUCCUUUUGAAAGAGAUGUAACUGUUACAAAUUCGUGUUUAUCUGCACAGAUAACAAACUCUUUAAGAAUAAGUGAACUAAGUAAACUUCCGUUAAGUUCUAACUUGAAUGAUGUUGAAUUUGAUGAAAGAACUCUAAAAUGCAAUGAAAACUGUAACAAUGCUCCAUAUCAUGAUAGUUUUCCUCAUCAAAAUAAUGUCCUUCAAGAUGAAUGCUUAGAUGAAGAGAAAAAUUCUAUCGGUCAGCUUUACAAUGAACAAUUUCAAAACGCACCCAUUUUGUGUGAAAAUAUGGAAACCAUAGAUAUGGCGAGUCAAAAUAAGCUGAAAGUUAAUCGCAAAUUUAGUGUUAGAUCAUCCUCAGGCCAAAAUAUUUCUUCCAAGCGCAGUGACAGUCUACAGAAUACAAUUUAUCGGACACCAUACCUUAAACCCAUCGGGCCUUUUUAUGACGCUGAACCAGAUGAUAAUAGUUUUUUGUCAACUUAUACAUCAAUGCCUGAGCUCUACAACUUAUCUGAAUUCUAUCAAGAAUAUUGUAUUUACAAAUGCACAUCAAAAAAUCGAACUAGUUGGGAUUUGUUCUAUAAUUCAAUUGAGAAUAUUAAUAGCCUACCUUCGAAUUCAAAUGAUGACGUAAGCAAUGGUGAUGUGUUUUUAAAAAAGAGCAUACGACAAAUUCAUGGAGUAAAUUCUGCAUCAAAAAAGCGUAAAGAAAAGCUAAGAGCAAAAAUGCUCCAAGAUAGAGAUAUUGGUAUAACCUUCAAAAAUUUUGGGACAGAAAAUACUUCACGAACUAUGCUUGACAAAAAAUUGAUACGUGAUCUAAACUUUGAAAUAGAUAAUGAAAGUGUAUUUGAGAAUUUAAAAAAUUAUAAGAGCUCAAAGCAGGAACAUGUUUUGUCUAGUAAAAUCAAUGACCUAGCAAAGUCACAAGUUUCAACUGACAUCAAUGAUAUGUUAGCAUUUGAAUGCCACAGCACUGAUAAGUACGAUGUUUUGCGUUCCAAUUUACAAAAAACGUCCAUUCUUAAUGCUCAUAAUUACCCGCUAGUGGACACAAAUAUUGAUAAAACAUCAUCACACAGUCACAAAAGGGCGAAACCACCUUUAAAAUUAAAUUACCUUAAUUCUGAAAUGUCAUAUAUUACGAAUAAGAACUCUGGUUCUUCGACUAGUGAAAAACAUACUUCUGGUCUAAAAGAGUUAACAGCAGCUUCAAGGCAGUUUCAAAUUCUCCCAGAAUUUCCUAAAAUAAAUGAGAUGGUUUGUACUGAAAACUCUAUACCAAGAAAUUUAAGCACAAGCACUUCGCACACCAAAAUUAUUGAACAAAACAAAUCAACGAAUCUGGAUGAAACUCGUGACUCUGCUCAUAAGAAUUUAGUUUUUACUUUAAAAGGUGAGACAGAAAUAUCCGAUGAACAUGCUAGUGGCCAAUCAACACAGACUAAGCACAUAAAAAUAAAAAAUGAGGAUUUCACAUCUUAUAGUAGAAUGGGAACAGUAGGUCGCAAAUUCUCUCUGAAUAUGUCAGAGACAAUGUACAACCAGCAUAUUGAUAAAAAAUGUGAAGUUUGUUUGCAACUUACAAAUAAUAACUUGCGUUCUUUCAAACACCCCAUCCAAGACAAAAAUGUCACUGAAGGUUUAUAUCAAGAUAACACAAAUUUUAAAAUUCAGGAGCUUGAAAAUAUUGUUCACAAAGAAAACGUCCAAACUAAAUUAUUAUCUAAGUCAUCAUCAUCAAAACUUCCACUAAUGGAUCAUAAUAACUUUGCAAGUGAUUAUUUUGAAAAUGAAACGGAGAAAAACACAAAUUACAUAUCAGAAACUGAUUGUGUCGAAAGACAUUCCAAUAGAAAUAUAUUUACUUCUCAAACCCAAAAUGGUGCUAAACCGAAACAUUCUUCAUUUAUAAAUAUUCAUUCCUGUCAGGAUUUUGCUGCUAAAAAACAAUAUUCCCUGAACUCCAGUAGAUUUAAUUCUGAGAGCAAAGACAGUAGUAAACUUCGAUCAAAACUAAAUAAUUAUUCUCAAACUUCUCAAGAAAAUUCUACUCAAAGAACACGAAAUAAGCAGGUUGAUUCAAUGCCCCAAAAUAUAAAUUAUUCUUAUGGAAAUGUACAGGAAGAAGGUGCUUCUGUUGCUAUGCAUAGAUAUCAUCAUUUAUUUGAACAAGAUGAGCUUGAUGACCUAAUAGAAAACUUCGUUGAUGACUUGCAUAUUUUAGAGACAUUUAAAGACCAAUUUCAUUGGUGUAUAAUAGCUGAAAAAGUUAGAGUGUGGACAAUAUGAACGUAUCGAUAUAGUUAUUAUUUAAAAAAUAUAUUUUUGUUUCUGUUUUAAAUAUUUAAGUCAGCUUUUUGUCCAAAUUUAAGUGUAUUAUAAAACUUCAAAAGUGUCAUAAUAAUAAUGGAGUCAUAAAGUAGUUUUUAUAAAGUAGUUUUAUAACUUAUUGGAACAGCAGUAAUCAGCUGAAUAUAUAUAUGAUGAUUUUUUUAUAUUUAUAAAGAUCCAAAGCUUUGUUUUGAAAAUAAAGAUAUUUAAUAUGUUAGGGUUGUAAAUGAAAUGCGAUGCAUUUUCGUUAUCUGUUAUUAAAAUCAAGAGUACUUCAAGAUAGACACCCAAAAUGUAAUUUGCCAAACACAGACACAAGAAAGAAAUUUUACAUAUUUUGCUAUUGUUAUAGACAUAUACAUUUUAAAAAAGUCAAUUUUAUUUAAAAUGCCUAAAUGCAUCAAAGAAUUCUAGAAUUUAAAUUAUUUACCGCACAGAUUUAAGUGCCAAUCAUGUAAUACAGAACUAACUGAAUAAAACUUGAAUGGAUUAAACCUCCUGGAAAAGAGAAGGCCUCAGCAUGGGUUAACAUAAACAAAAUAUUUGAUCAUUUAGUAGUCCAGACGCAAUGAUAUAUUUCGUUAUUACCUCCACAGCGCAGUUUAUGUUCGUUACAACGGACUACUAAAUUGAUCCGUGUGGAGGCCUUCUCUCUUCUACGAGAUGUAAAUCAAACGUGUUUUGACUAGAUGAAAAAAAUUCUUUUUUGAUGGCAAACAUCUCAAUUAAAAGUUAUUGCAAAGUUUUUUUUCUGUCAUAUAUCAUUAACUUUUGUUCAAACGUAUUGUCAGAUAAAAAUAUAAACGUGAUUGGCGGGUGUCAUUUGCGGUACCUUCCCUGUAACUGCAAAUGCGUAAAUACUUCAUAGGAAAUUGAUUAUAUUUGCAUAAAAUCAUAAAAGUUGUGCUUAUUUUUACUAUUUUGCAUAUAAUUUUAAAGUUUUUGGUAUUUUUCAGUUCAUUAACUAACUGUUUUAUAACUGGCAGAAUUAUACAAUGUUUAAAGGCAACAGAAACAGAUGUUUCACCCAAAAGAACUUAUAUGUUAUCAGAUGAGAUAAUCAAAAUGUGUAAGCUCAUGGUUAGCCAAAGAUUUAAAAUUGCCUCAUUAUCACCAAAACCACCAUCAGUUAAAAGUUUCAGCAGAAUGUUUCUAAUAACUAAGUCACUUAACAUGCUGUACCACUAAAACCCAAACAUCCUCGGGAAAUGUUAAGUAAGCACAUUUCAAUACAACUCCUUUUGGCUUUUUUUUUGGUUCAGUCUAACGUAUAAUAAUAAACUCAGUAGUUAUCAUUUUUUUAAUGUCAUUACUUAAAUCAAUACUAAACUAUAGAUAUGUGUUAGCGUUCAAGUGUUGCACUCUUUCUUUGUAACUUUAUUAACUCCAUUGUGCCAACAUCAAUUUAUAUUUUACUCCACAAAAUCUUUUUAUCAAAAUAAUCUAAAUUCGAUCACUUUAAUCGAAGAAUAAAGAUUUAAUUAUUACAGUUAACAAAGCACCAUAAUAAGGAUAUCCAUAGAAAUGUAUUUUACUGAAUCUUGAAUAAUUCUGGUGCUAUGAUCGUGAUUUUUAUUAGUUUUCAAUAUUUCUAUAUUAUCCAUAAUUAUAAAUAUGCUUUACUUCCUAAAAAAAUUGUAGAGUAAAUACUGUUAAAACUGACAAAUUAGUAAUUCGUUCAAAUUCUAUGCAGGAUAUUUUAUUUUAUUACGUACAUACACCAAAUUUUAUAUGUUUUUCAUUUAUAUUCAUUUUUUAUUGCAUUAAAAUUAACAACUUGUUAAUUUUAUAUAUUUUUACAUAUCUUAGCUGAAGAUGAACUGAUAAUACGUCACCACUGACUUACGUUCAAGCAUGCUUCUCAAUGUGAGCUUGAAAAAAUCUUUACCACAAUUUAUUGUAAAACUUGCUUGCUAAUGUAAUUCAGUUAAUAAUAAUAAUGUUUUAUAUCACUUA